UAUGAAAUUUCAGUUGCACGUAUAGAAAAUAUAUAUGGAAAUAACAUUUUAGAACUAGAAAAGUUUACAAAUGUAACUGAAAACCAAAAAACAGAAUUGCAAGAAUUGUCACAGAAGAAUAUUGAAAAGGAAAAACAAAUAGAUGAAUUGCAAAAGGAAAUAAAAAAACAUGAAAUUAUGAUAGAAAAGACACAAACAAAACUUCAAGGAAUAAAUAAAUUUAUUGAUCAGAUAAUAUUAAAUAUUGGUGGAGAAGAUUUGAGUCCACUGGAUUUAAAAAUUAUUAGUUUAGAAAAAAAUAUGCAGAAACUUCAACAAAAUAUUAAAAAAACACAGCAAUUCUGGAUGCAUCAUGCAAAUAAAAUUAUAAUUUCUCUCAAUCAAAAAUUGUUACGUAUAAAUAUAGAUUUAGUGAAACAAAAUGAUUUAAAAAAGGAAUUGGAGGAUAAAAAUUGUGUGAUUAAAAGUGAAUGUAUUUUGUCUUUUCAAGAAUUUGAAUUAGAACUUAUAAAAUUACAAAGUGAUUUAAAACAUUUAUGCACUGAUAAAAUAAUGUUAAAAGAAGAAUUAAAACUUGUACAACAAGAAAGUUUAUCAUGGGAAAAAAAGGUGCAAUUGAUGCAAGAUACAGUAAAAAAAAUAAAAGAAGAACAAAGUGUUGGAGGUAUAGCAUCAAUGAAAAGUGAAAUUCAUAGAAUGGAAAUAAGACUUUUCCAUUUGAAAAAAAUUCAAGAAAAAUUGAUUCAUGAUAUGAAUCUCUGUAUUACAAGAAGAGAAAUUAUAGUUAACAAAGUAUUUGAUAAGCUUAAAAAAAAUCCAAAAGUAAAACAUAAUGAAAGGGUUGUAAUGCAUAAACGUUUAUCUGAUCAAAGAAUAAAAAUUAAACAACUUCAAAAAAUUGCAAAAGAAACUGAUAAUAUGGUAGAAAAAUUGAAGAACCAAAUAACAAGUAUUCGGAAUAAAAUAGACAAGUGCCAGGAGUUUUUGCAAAAUUUGAAAAAAUAUAUUAGCAGCAUAGAAGAUGAGAUUGCUCAAUUGGAAUUGUUAAAAUACCAUAAUUUGCAUAGCUAGGUUUUUAAACAAAGAAAAGUAAAACAGUUACAUAAUGUUAAAAAUGGUGUAUAUAAAAUGGUUUGUAAAAGUGAAAAUGUGAUAGAAGAAAAUUUGCAAAGAGAAUACUGCUGCAGGGAAUACUUAAAAUAUGUAUUGGAAAGAACUGAUCAAGAUUUUCCAAUGUUAAAAGAUAGUAUAAAAAGAAUAUUAUUGGCUUUG